AUGAGGCUGACAAACGUCCUUCAGAUCCGUAAAAUUCACCCCUUCCGUAAACUAGAUCCAUGGUUUAGGAAAGAUCAGGUCCUCCGCUUUUCUUUUGUAAGUACAUAUUUCUGCCCAGAAACCUCCUCUUUUUAUGUCGUAUUUCGUAACAUAGUUUAUUGCUAUAACCCCGAUCAUGUCCAAUUUGGGCUUGACAUCCGUUUAAUCAGAGACAUGCCAAGCACAUCUGAGUUUAAAAUAUUCUUUAUGCCAACAUAGAUAACACAAUUCGUAUUUGUGUAGUGGCUAAUUGCCUUGUGCGUCACAUUUAUUUUGUGUCUUUGACUGACAAAUCGGAAUUUGUCAGUCAAGGACACAUAAGAGUGGAAAAGGUCUCGUUGUAUUCUUCUUUAAAAAACUCCUACCUUUUGACGGCGUUUUCGAGCAUGUGAUUUUGAUAUAAUAACUCUUCGUCCAGAACUCGGUUCUCUGCAUUUCCGCUUCUACAAACUGUCAAAGUGCUUUGCCCGGUUUAGCCGGCAAAACUAAGGUUAUGUAAAGAAGAAGACUCUUCGUGUACCGGAAUAGUUUUAUUUAGUUCUGAGCUUUUGUACUCGUGCAGGAGUCCAUCGUCAUAGAUAGUAGCAACAACAGAACGAGCGACAAUUGUAGGGGGAGCUAACCAAUCAUCGAUCGACGUCGUAGAACUAAAGGCGACUGCGCAGGGCCCUGUGUGCCGGCGCCAGACCGAUAAAUCGAUUAACUGAGCCCUCAUCCGAGACCCGGGCCUCAAUCAAUGCUCGGCCUGCUUUGUUUCUGGCGUGGAAGAUCAUUCUGAUGUCUGCGAAGUUGGACUGACGACCCAUUUCGUACGUGUGGGCAGCCACUUACGAUAAUUCGUCGCCUUGUCGCACAGUCAGCUUGUGUUCCUGUAUGUGCGGUCCGAGCAUGCGUCCAGUCUGACCUGUGUAAUGACAAGGGCAGUUUCGACAACGGAUGUGAUGCACUACUCCAAACUGCUUCCCAGGAUCUAGCCGGUCUUCAAUUUUCAUGACCUUCCUGCGCAUGAUGGCUUUGGGUUGGUUUUCAAUUCCAAUACCUAGUUCCGCAGCUGUGCGCAGUCACUUCUGGAACGUCCUUAAUGUGCGGCGAAGAAUGCCAAAUCUUCAGCCGUGUUGCUGCCUGAGUUCUCUGAGGGUGACCGCGUAGACAGCGACUUAUAAAUGUCUUCGGAUAGCCCCUCUUCAUAAACUGGUUAUGGAGAUAACGGACUUCACGUGCUCUUUCUUCCGGUUUACUGCAGCGAUUCCAGAUCUUUUACCAAUACACCGUAUUCAAAUUGAGCUUAAAAACUUGAUAUUUACCCCGGUAUGCGUUAACUGACCUGCAAAUAGAUGUUUCUGAUUUAACCAACGAUAUAAACUUAACAAUUAUCCCUUAGUAAGUUUCGAAUCCUUCCGUGCAUUGUUCUUGGGCCGACUGUUAAUCAAUUUCUUGACCGAUUACUUUUUUAAGGCAUAAGCCUAACCUUAGUUAAAUGCAUGCACGUAAGAGAAGGGUUCAUGCAACUGUAAUAUCCGUUUUGCUCCCAGCCUGACCUUGGAAAGAAAAAACCUUUUGGUUUUUAAUUCUUUACUGUUCAUAGCCUGAAAUUAGGUUUUUCAGUACCAUCUUGCCGAGUAAACCAUUUGGACUCAGCACGUCUACGAAUACUUAUAAUAUUCACAUUGAUUAUAUUUCAGCUUAUUUUUACGAAAGGAACGUAGAGAUAGUUUAUUAAAUGGAGAUAGCAGUAAUUUUGACAGGAAAUGAUGCAGAUAAACGGAUGUCAUUUGGGGCUUCACGGAUUCUGUUCAGAAACUCUGAAUGGUUGUCUUCUCAUAAUCGGCCAUUUCAGAUCAUCGAGCCUGUUAAUGACUUUGACACCUGUAGGUGUCCAACGGGGUAAGACGGACUAGACUAGAGGUUGGGAAAGUCGACUGAGGUUCGCAAUGGGAUGUCGUCAAUGUAGCCUCUCUUAAAAGGCGGGUUAGUUCGUAAUACAAGUCAGCGGGGGAUCUGUGCGGUUCAGACAUGAGGAAUCAGGGCAAAGUGAUGAUCGUUGAAAUGUUUAUUCUUGUACGCCGAAAAGUGCAAAACGUCUCGAAACAGAAUAGAACGUGUGACGUGAUAUAUGGAAAGGCACGAGUAGUAAAAUACUAAGCUAAACUACGGUAAUAAACUAGGUAAAAUUGUACAGAGAGAUAUGCAAAACGACGAGUUCGAUGGAUAGAAAAAUGGUCAAAUGGAUAACGGGACUUAGCGAGAAUGUGGCGAGGUAGCAAUCGUCCUGCGUCCGUGGUGCGUAAUUCUGAAAAAAGGGGCCGAGAGAAAAAAAAUACUGUUUAAAACAACUGUUCGUUGCACACCGAUAUUAGCAGCAAGAAUUUAAGGGGUGUUCGCUCUCCCCCCUCACAAAAACAACCCCAUUCCACUUGGCCCAUCCUAAUUGAAGUUAUACAAUAGUCCGCAUUGACUACCGUUCAGGAACUUGAGAAGCCACUUGUCCGGUGUUGGAAUACUAAAUUUUCAAACCAUAUGUAUGAUUAUUUUUAUUACCCGAGUCAGACACCUUCCCUUGGAUGGGUGAGUGCGUUAUCUGACCAUACCAUAUCACAUGAUCUUAACCCAGAGAACUAUAACGGCCCACUCUGCCGCACUGAAUUAACAAAGGGGUAAGAUUAGGGCACGACACGCGUUAACCAGUUUGUGCAGUCCGCUCAUCUCAUGACAAGGACCGCACAUGCAGAUGUGGUGGCACACUUAAGCGGAUGCUCAUUCCGCGGUAGCCAUCUGUGCCCAAUCCCAGCAGUAGGUCACUGACUGGCUCGGACGACGAGCUGACGCACACAAAGCGAAAAUGUAAACUCAGGGCACUCCGCCGCCCCGAUAUUUCAUUGUAUUCCUCAUUAUAAAUAGCCUAACGCGUCUUAACUCCAGCACGACGCGCCAAAAGUCGUUACUUUAAAGUCUACAAGCUGGCAGAACAACCAUUUCUCAGGACGGGAUCCGGGCUGGAAUAAGUCCUCCUUAAUGUGAUUCCUCUGGCGCACCCACUCAACUUGGAUUCGAACCGCCUCCUUGUUUCUGUGUAAACCCGGUCCAUCGUGUGCGUGCCAGUUCGUAUGUAGCUCGCGUAGACUGACCUUCUAGCUUUUUCAUCCACGGCACCCAAUCCUGCUUCCGGUUGUCCUGACUCUGUCUCGCCACCAGGCCCAGGAAGGGGGGAGUGCGGUGGAUGCUACGCCAGUCCAUUAUCACUAUAAACUAAUUCACGCGCAGGUUCUCGUACCGCGAGCACCACGCUCUGGGGCACACAGUAGAGAUAGUCGUUGCGACAAUCGAACUGGCUUAUCAUUUCGCAUGAUUUCAAGUAAUAUUAAUUGACUUAAGACGCAACGGUGGUGUCUUUCAAGAAAUUCAUUUUGCCUAAUUUUCAGCCAUUUGUAUGUCUUCUAUACUAUGGCCUGUGUCGUCAUUAUUCUCUGUUUUGCUGUCUAUCAUUCUAAGCCGCACCAAUUCUUCUGUUCCCCUUCACUCAUUUAUGCAAUCAAGCAAAGUUUACUACAUGCAUUUGGUUAUUGGGAACUCAAAAUUACAAUCAAAGCAUUACUGGUUACUGUUUCUCUGUCUUGAACGGUGACUUACUUGUUCGUAUACGUUCACUAAAUCCUUGCAGUUUUGCUGUAAAAUUAAUCACUUGACUGUUGUAUUUUAUUUGUCCUCUCUACUCACGUUUUACGUAGUCUCACGCGGCAUAUAUUCGUGCCGAUAGAAGUGUGGCCUUCCGUUUGCUCGUUUUUGAUGUUGUCGAAUAAAUAAGAUUUUCAAGCCAAUUAAAGGUUUGCAUGAUUAGUAAACAGACAUUUUGCUUGCAUACUGGAAUUCCAAAUCCUUGCACAUUCAUACGUCUUCUUAACCCAGCCUACCGGGUUAUCUUAAUCUUUCGCUUCUUAAAUCUGGUCGUUUAGAAUGCAUCUUGUCCGGAACCUACAAGGAAUUCGUGGCGUAACAAUCCUUCAGUGUUAUUUAAAAUGUUAUCACUAUUAAUGACAACUUUAUCACAAGCAUGUCAACACUUUUCAGUUAGUCCCAAAUCUCAGAGUUGCGAAAGGAUUUAGACUACCGGUCUAAGAAUAGCACCUUUAGACACGAAGACCCUUACUUUAGGUCGUAAUUGUGAAGUCAAGGAGAAACUUGUGACUGAAUAUUUAGGCCCCGUCCACAAUAGACGUUUUUACAUCGAAGUGUUGUUCGAGUAACGUUUUGUCCGUUUGUUGUAGUAACUCUCUCGUCAAAAGUCUAUAGCCUACCUGCUUUCAUGCGUCUGCAGGAAGACCUAACAAAUACUCCACCGCCGAGCUCUAAGUAAUGCUUGUAUCGGACGUUUCAUGGGAUUUGGAGCACGGGCUUUCCUUAACAACUGCUCAGAUUGUUUUUUGGAAGGCGUGUCCUCCAGCGUUUUGAUCCAAGAACCUAACCACAAGGUAGCGGUAGUCAGCAAACUUAUCUACAGGCUGUUAAUAGUAGCCCUGUCGCAGUUUUGUCAUAAGGCUUUGAGACAUUUUAUAAGACAGUCAUCGUGCCAGGCCCCAGCCGUCCGCGCUCCGGCAUCAGUGUCGCUGCUGGCCCGCGACUCCUGGUUGGCCAGACCCGAGAGCUUGCGUAUUUCGCAGCUACGCGCCACAUGUGGGCGUCCCUGGUAACCAGCAACAAGACUAAUGGUAUUCGACCUCCGUUGCCGGCGUAGAGAAUGGGUCGAGCACUUCAGAUUCAUUCUUCACAGCGACAUCAUCGAGACUGACUAUAUCAUAAAUUAUUACAGUUGUACCAAAUAAAAGUACGAGUAGGAAACCUAAGUUCACACUCGGUUUGGGACGAUGUGAGCCUGACCCUCACCGAUCAGGUUUGGUUGCGAAGACGAGACACAGGCGUUCUGCCUUGCUUUGGGAUUCACGGUCAGAACACUCGCAGACGGUAACGCACAAAUGUUUCCGGCGGUGACAACAAAGCCUUAGUAAAAAAUCUGCAUAAUUACUCUUUCCUAUCCCUCCCCCAUCCAAUUAUUUACUGAAAGGUCCCAUUUGAGCAAUUAUAAACUGCCCUUUUCAUCCUGGGUUCUGCGUUUUCCCAUUGUUUACCGCAUAUUUCCCAUAAACUUUGGUACCUACAUUGUGAUCAUUCUUGAUAAAUCAUCAAUUUAGCUUCAUACUAGUCUGCACCCGUCUUUUGGAACUUCAUCUUCUUCUGAACACACACAUCACUUUCGAUACCAGACUGUCCGUUGCGUUGACGCAGUAUAAACACUUUAGGGGGAAGGUGAUCCCAUACUAACAGCACAGGUACUAGCUGAAAGCCCAUUAAUGCGUGUUUCGCCGAUAUUCUGCCGCUGCAUGGCGCAACUGCAAGGAGUUCGGCUCGUCAGUGAGUUCCCCAGCAUUUUCCGUCUGUCUUCUGGUAGAUAAUUCAAUUUGGAAAUUGCCUCUUCUUAGUUUCCCCAAAAACUAACCCCUUAGUCAAAUCUGUGUGAAAGCUGCGUCACACAGACGCCGACAUUCUCUGACAUGUAGUUCAAAAAUCCAAGUGGUAUCAAGCUCUUGCAGCCAUUGAGGCAGAACAAGGUAGAAGGACGCCCACCGAUCGUGUUAUGGAACUCACUCGUCCUGUCGUACUUUGGGGCUCUCUCACGAGCCCCGCCAGCAGCCUCACAGCUGCGCAUGGCAUAGGCAGAAUAGCAUUACUGACAAAGGCAAGAGAGACUGGAAUGGCCAUUUCCGGCUUAUUAGCCGUCGUCAGCCAGUCAUGCCCACUCCUGAAGUGUGGAGCACCUGGGUCUCAAUCUCGCAACCUGUUAGUUAAAAGUCCAACACGUCUAACCACUGAGUUACUGGCUCGUUACCCUGUCCAUUACGAUCGGGUAUAUGCAAUGGUGGAAGGACGCUCAUCGGUCGCGCCACAGGAUUCACUCGUACCACUCUUUCUAUAUCACGCACCACAGUGCGGCCGCUGGCGGGACGAGUGGGUUCCGUAGCGCGAUCGGUGACCGUCCUUCUACUGACAAGACAAUGAGUCCGUGGCUCAUUAAUUAGGGGCGUUGGAUUUCAAACCAGCAGGUCGCGCGAUCGAGCUACAGGUGUUCCACACCUCAGGCUUGUGUAUGACUAGCCGACGAUGGCUAAUAAGCCAGAAAUGGCCAUUCCAGUCUCCCUUGUCUUUAGCGGUAAUGCUAUUCUGCAUAUAACACUUUUACAUUUUCGACGACUGCUGCAGCCUGACUGUACUCGUCUGAGCGUUUGCGCCCCCGAUGGUGUUUUUGUCAUCGUUCAGUCACACUCAGCCUCUACUCAUCAGUAUUCUGUACUCCACAGCAACCAAUAAUCUUCUCCCCUCCUAACUUCCUACCCUGCCCCCACAUGCAGCUCUUCCGAGGACGGACGGCCCGAUGCUUUCGACUUGCCAGAGACCGCCUCGCCAAGGCCCUUCAAUUUGUCAAGACCGUGCGUGAGACACGCCGCCGUGACAUGUAUGCCCUCUGGGACGCACGUAUUCAGUCGGCCUGUGAGGAGCAUGGUCUGUACUCUUCAAAAGCCCUCUACGAGGGUCUGGCCCAGGCCAACAUUCCACUCAACCGAAACAUGCUGCACACCCUUGCCCUCUACGAACCGCGCACUUUUCAGGUGAGUUUAAUCGUCUCUGUCAUCAUUUUUUUACUUCGACAGAGUCUUGUAGACAUCGCCAAGCAGUACCACCUGGAAGCCGGUGUCAGUCUGCCUCAUACCACCCCACCAGCGCCAUUUGUUUCCCGCGGCCUCCUAACGAAGCCCAUCGUUCCAGGAAAUGCGCGUCUUUACGAAUGA